AUGGAACACAAACUGGUAGUGCGGAAAGGUGAUCCACUGUCUCAGAUUGCCACCCACACUCUGCAAGAAGGCCACGAAUUUGACUUCACGGGCACUUGGGUAAUGGCACGAGCCAAUGAUAAGACGGGGCGAGAACUACUGGAGGCCUGCAUGUCAGACUCUAUCAACAGGCAUGUGGAUAUACCGCCCUGUUAUUUUGCCCUACUUUCGCGUGACCAAGAAGCACGGCCCAGUUCGUAA